AUGGCGUCCGCAGAUGAACACAAAAAAGCUGUUGAAAGUUACAUUGCCGCAUUAUGUGCUCACAAUAUUGAUGGGUACAUUUCACAUUAUGAUCCCGAAUGUGAAGUUACACUUAAUGGACAAGUUGUUAUUCGGUCAAGAGAUGAAUUGAAGACAAAGAUGGAACAAAGAUUAUCGAAUCCCGAUUAUAAAGUUUAUAUUAUUGAAUUUUUACCAAUUGAGGGUGAUGAUUGUGUACGCUUUAUUGUGGAAGAUACAGACAAAAGUCGAAAGGAUGAAACUUGUAUCUUUUCAAAAGAAGGCAAGAUUGUCCAACAAAUGAUUACUAUUCUGGGCAAACAAUAG